UAGUAACGAUGAAUGUAAUUAAUAAUCAAAUGUUUUCCAUUAUUGUCCAAUGAAGAAAGACAUGAACAUAGAUCGUUGUAACAAUUAUAAACUCGAACAAUGUUGUAGUUGCCAUACCAGAAAAGUAAAGACGACAAUCACCACCACAACCACGACCACAACCGUAAGAAUGACCGAUGAUGGCUACGAGGAAGGCGGCGGUUGCAUCGCCAGCAUUGGUGCACUGCCGGAGACAAGCACCGCCGGUCAUCUUUCUUACGCCACAACGACCAUAAUGGCACACAAUGGUCUUUCGCCAUCUGUCUCGAUCUCAUGCCCAUCUACGCCUCCGACGGCCCAAUACGAGACUGUGUCACCGUCGCAACGAACCCCAGCUAAUAGAUCAUCGUGCGAUAUUGAAGAGGAUGUUUUUAAAUCCGUAUCGACUAGUAACGAUAUUGAACGAUUGGUUACAAUAUUAACGCCACCGGUGACACCACAUGCAUCAAAAGAUGGGGAGCAACUCACUCAUCAUGUUAUCAGCGCACACGUACAAUUCGACAAUGCUCCUAAUGCCCAUCCUGACCCUACAAACGCUUUGCGGUUUCCCGAAAUAUACAAGCAAAACUCACCAAAGAUCAUCCUGUGUAACGAUGGCCGAUCUGCAGUGGAAACAGCAACCGGCAUUCGGAAGGAUGAUGGAAUCGUAGUGGAUGUGCUCGUAGCGGAGAAGGUCAACUGUUUAAAUACAACAUCGCGCUCUCCGUCGCAGGCAUCGAUGGUCUCAUUAUCGUCAUCAUCAUCAUCAUUAGCAGCUUCAGCAGCAGCAACCGUUUUGUCAUCUCCAAAUUCACCAUCAUCAUCAUUAGCCAACAGUUCUCCUCCUCUAUCGGAGUCGGCUACUGUAGCAAUGCUCACAUUUGCUCAUAAUCGACGCAAAGGCAGCUAUCGGAAACGCAAGAAGCGUCGUGAUCGUCAUCGAAAAUAAGGGAUUGUAUGGGAUGGACGAUUGUGCAUUUAUCAUUUAAUCAGCGGAACAGGAACGAAUAGAUGAGACAGCAUAUCGAACCUAACAAAACCGGUAGCGAAAGAACGGAACAAUGAGUUUUUCAUUUAUCCUUGAUAGACCUGCAAAUCCAAGCUUGAGACAUUAAUUAUGAAUCUCUGAAAGUCGAAUUAUAAUGUUUCAAUACCUUUAUUAGGUAGCAGUAGUAUCAUGCGUAGGAGUUGCUUCCGAGCAGUUUCCCGAUUUGGUUGCAAAGAUAUUAUCACCUCGCAUAUUUUUGCUUACAUAAUACCUCCUAAUUUGCUACUUCUUGACCGCAAAUUCAUUCAGUCUUGUAUAGGGUGACCUGGAAAAAGUAUCGAUACAAGUUACGUGAAAACAUGAGUGAGAUGGGAGUGACUUCUGAUGUAAGCAAUUGAUUGUUAAUGUUCUAGUUAAAGAAGCAGCUAUGCCAGAGUGUAAUACUGGCAUUUCGAUGUAGAAAUGGCAAAAAGUAUGUUCAAGUUGUUAUAACAUGUUGGUCUCAUCAACAGUACGUUUUCGAAAACAGAAUUGUUAUUAGGCUUAGUAAGUAAAAAAAACACACGUUAUUAGAAUUCAUUUUCCUCAGAAAUUCGUUGAAUCAAUCAAAUAGCAGAAUUUAUAAGGUCCUCAAUUGGGCAGAAAGGGAAAAAUAUAGAUAGAAGCAGUUAAAGAAGUUUGUUUAUUCACUCAAGUGAUCGUGCACCGAUUAACGAUGGUGUGUAUAUGGUACUAAUGUCUCCAAUAGCUUUUACUGUCAUGAUCAGGGAAAUGAAAAAAAAAGAUGGUGAUCAUUGACUCCGCAGUGUCCGGUAGGUACAAGGAGUGCAUUUUGUUCCUUAACCUUGCGGAAUGUUGAUUCUUCACCCGUAUACAUUGUGACUACUUCGUUAUGGACAAUUUUGCGACAGCUGCCUAUAUGCCCGAUACGUGACCGUUAGUUUGAUAAGUGUAUCGUAUUACAUUGGUUUUCAUUUUUGCCUGAGAGCAAUUGGAACCCAUUUUGUAUAUGCUGCUUCCUAAACUUUGUUAAACAAAAAACACUGACCACCCCCCCAAAAUGUGUUGAACCAAAUUUAAUCUAACAAUUUCGUUUGCGGUUUCUCUCUUUCUCUUUCUCUUUACUUUCAUCUUUCUUGCCGCUACCACCAACAACUCAACCAAACCAAAACCAAAAAAAAAACCAAAUAUGCGCCAAACUACACCGAUAAAUCCCAUCCACACUGUUCUUGUUUAAAUUAUUUUUGGGCCUUUGUCUGUAACCCAAACACCCGUAAAAACUUGUAAAUGUCAUCAAACAACAAUUGAAAUACCCGAAUUCAAAAUCACCAUAUCACCAUAUUCAAAUUUUGUAAACUGUUCAUGAUGUUGGCCACUAUAUUUUAAAAUGCUUGCAUUCUUUGUGUUUCAAUGCUCCAAAAACAUUCAUACAAAACAAACAAAAUGCUUUUGUUUCGAUUUGUGUUAUUUUUGUUGUUGCCUUUUUUUGCAUUUUGUUCAUAUGCCCGUCCAUGUGUAACUCUUUUUUUUCUGG